AUGGUACGCGCAGUGAAGCAGCGUCAACCGGCUGAGAUCACAAACAUCGACGUUGAGAACUCGAUCCAAUGGGGACAUUUACUCGUACCGUACGAUGACUCCGUCAGAGCAGUGGAAGUCUCGCAGUUGUUUGCUCGUUAUCGGGAAUGUGCACUGAGUGACGCGGUCUCUCGCUCUCUAGAAGCGACGAAACUGUUCACGGAUUUGAUGCUAGAAUUCUUUCUUGGCUUUGAUAGCGUUGUGGAACUGCAGCUAGUACUGCUAAAGCAAACGCUGUAUCCGGACUGGACGCAGCGUACACUGUGUUGGGAGAUCUGGAGGGAAUUGCUGUGCUUCAGUUGGGACGAAACACUCGCAGGGCAGACGCUUCAACUGCUUCUCGAUAUCACGCAGUGGGACGACGACUCGGGUGCAUCCUUCGUGCUUGCAAGUGGCGUGGGGGACGAAAUCCUGCAGUUGAUCGCGUUCGUCUACGCUGAUCUUCCUGUAUCGCUCAAGGACGUGUGCAUGGACCAAGUGACAGCAAUUAUCGACGUGGUCAGUAGCGAAGGUCCAGGCCACCAGUUCAAUCUGCGCGUGGCGUCGCAGCUGCAUUUGCUCGAGAAGUUAGUAGCCGUCCAGUUCCUGAAAUUGUACGACGGGCCGAUGAAAGAUGAGUGGAUCGCAAAGUAUCUUCCCAUGUGCUUCGAAUGCUGUGGCACCGUUCUUGAGCUUUUAUCAGCCGAAGGAAAAACUCCAUUAGCCAAGCAUGAAGACAUUCUCGGAAUGAUGCGUGUGCUGGACAUGUGUCUGAUGGUGUUGAGAGGAGUGUUCGAUGACAACGAGCCCAAGCAAGAUGAUAUCGCGGAGUUGUCGGUCAUUUUAGUUCGCAUGUCUACCGAGGCCUUAACACAGCUAGCGAAGCACAUGAAACACACAGGAAGCUCUCAAUCUGACGUACUACCAGGUAGUAAACGCACAAGUCGAAGCGAAAGACUGGAGAAAACGGGGUCUCGCUGUUUUGGACGGGCGAUUGAGACGUCGUUGUAUCUACUUUCGAAGCUUGGACCGGUGCUCAAGGCGAACAGAAGCAACCAGUGUGUGCAAGUGAUGAAGGAUCUACGUACGAUUACUGACAACACGCAGGCUGGUGACACGUUGAUCGUCACGGCACAGUUUAUCGGGGCUUCCUUGUUCGACGUGCAGGUUGCUAGCGGUGACAUUCCUAUCGUGACGCAGUUGCUGUUCAGUCUAUUCCAGAAACUCUUCGCUGCUGCUCCUCGCACUGGUGGCCGUCAGUUAGCGCCGUUGACGUUGCUACUUUCAGUGGGUCUAGAUGCCCUGUACGAGCUGCUUGCGCACUCAAACAUUGUGGAGCAGUCAGGUGCAGCAUUAAGUACGCUUUUGGCUGGAAAUCUUAAGCAGUCGUUCGUACAAAGCGUGUCGAUGCGGAAACUUAGUCCUGACGAUGUUGCCAAGGCGUUGGAGACGGCUCAAUCCAGUACACUUCAGUCUCUCAAGAGGAAUCAGAGCUCCGGUUACCGUGUCUUUAGGGGUCGAUUCCCUGAUGAGUCUUCUGAAUUGUAUGCUGAUCCUGAGCAGAGCAGCCACGACUUUUCCAACAAACGAUCAGCAGAAGACUCGUCUGAAUCACUGCCGCAGAAGCGUCACAAGCUCGACCAUUUUGUGUCUUUGUGUCGAGAAAUCGAGUCCUCGUUAGCGUCCAUUGAGAGCGACGAGGCUGCUGCGAACAUAUUAUCGGGCAAGGAGCUAGAAGACGCCACCGCUGUGCUGCACAAACUGCUCACGAAAACGAUAAUGUUGUGCUGA